CGCAAUCGCGCUCUCUCACCCAGCAGGGAGCCGCUUUUCCUGCUCAAUUUUCGCCCUUAGCUUCGGUCCUUUAGAGGAGGGUCUGGCAGGAUGGACGCUCUUUGACAGCCCUCAGAUCUCCGCACAUCUCAGCUGCGCGCACGUCCCUCGGUUUUCUCUGGCAACAGCAGCGGCACCUGUCGAGCUUUAGGCUUCAGUCAUGACAAGAGGAAAAAGCUCCCGUCCUCUUUCUGUGCUGGUCUGCUUCAUCGCUCUGUGGCACACAAGGUCAAGAGCAGAUUCUAAAUCAUCACAGAACUCCAAAGACAUUGCAACAUUCACCAGGAUCCUCGACAGUCUCCUGGAUGGGUAUGAUAACAGACUCCGACCCGGUCUUGGAGACCGAGUGACCGAGGUAAAGACAAAUGUCUAUGUGACCAGUUUUGGACCAGUGUCUGACACUGAUAUGGAAUACACAGUGGAUGUCUUCUUCCGUCAGAGCUGGUUAGACGAGAGGCUGAAGUUUCAUGGACCAAUGAACACCCUUCCGCUCAACAACUUGAUGGCCAGUAAGAUUUGGACCCCUGACACCUUCUUUCAUAAUGGCAAAAAGUCUGUGGCACACAACAUGACCAUGCCCAACAAGCUUCUGAGGAUCAUGGAGAACGGAACGCUUCUUUACACCAUGAGGUUGACCGUUCAGGCUGAAUGUCCCAUGCAUCUGGAGGACUUCCCGAUGGACUCACAUUCGUGUCCUCUCAAGUUUGGCAGCUAUGCCUACACUAAGACAGAGGUAACUUACAUCUGGACAAGAAAUGCCUCUCAGUCAGUAGAUGUGGCUGAUGAUGGAUCCAGGCUCAACCAGUAUGACUUGGUGGGUCAGACUGUUGGAAAGGAGACUAUUAAAUCCAGCACUGGUGAAUACACAGUAAUGACAGCUCACUUCCACCUGAAACGGAAGAUCGGAUACUUCGUAAUUCAGACGUAUCUGCCCUGCAUCAUGACCGUCAUCCUCUCCCAGGUCUCCUUCUGGCUCAAUAGGGAAUCGGUGCCAGCUAGAACUGUAUUUGGCGUGACCACUGUCCUCACAAUGACAACCCUCAGCAUCAGUGCCCGUAACUCUCUGCCGAAGGUGGCCUACGCUACUGCAAUGGACUGGUUCAUUGCUGUCUGCUAUGCCUUUGUCUUCUCUGCACUAAUUGAGUUUGCUACAGUUAACUAUUUCACCAAGCGAGGCUGGGCCUGGGAUGGAAAAAGUGUUGUCAAUGAAAAGAAAAAAGAAGUUUCUGUUAUGAAGAAGAACAACGCCUAUGCUGUUGCUGUGGCAAACUAUGCGCCCAACAUUACCAAAGACUCCACGCUGCCCACCAUCUCCAAGUGCACUCUGAACGAGCCCAACAAGAUCAUAGCAGAGUUGAAGCCUGAACAGAACAAGAAAACCUUUAACAGCGUCAGCAAAAUUGACCGCAUCUCCCGUAUUAUGUUUCCUGUGUUGUUUGGCACCUUCAAUCUGGUCUACUGGGCCACCUACCUAAACAGAGAACCUGUCAUCAAAGACCUAGAUCCUUCUAAAUGAGCAGCAGGAUUGUAGUGCAACAACACGCCACAGAUUCAGGAGAUGAUUUUUUUUUUUUUUACCAGUUCUGGUUUGUGUUGUGUUUUUCUUUCUAUUGGCCGAGGUACACAUUUAUAGUUAAAGACCCACAGAAUUAUUAUUAUUUUUGAUGACAUUAGAGUUUUUGUGAAGUGAUUAUAUUAUUACUUCACAAAAACUAAUUAAAUCACUGCUUACAAGGAAUACACCUUCUAAGAACUCUACAAACAUUACCAACCUGUCUCUUAGAAAAAGAAAAAAAAAACACACUGUGUUUAAGUAAAACAUUUCCAUACACUGUAUAAAGACAGGUUUUAUGGUGGCACAGUUGUUAACAAUAACAGUUUUGUUUUUUUUAUUGCUCUGAUGAGUCAGUGUGUUUGCAUGACUGCUUGUCUUUUUAUUUCUGUAUUUCCAUAUAAUAGAAAGGUUCCAUGUUAAGCAGUUCAAACAAUAAUUUGCAAGUACUGUAUAAACACCCUGGGACUGUCCGGCCAUUGCCCUAUUAUCAAACAUAAUAGCUUCUCUUCCCCAUAGAUGAACAUAUUUUAGUGAUAUAAACUCACAAACAAAAACAAAAGACCUUCUAAAAAAGAUUAAUUAAGCAGCUAAUAGUUGUAAUAUCCAUGAAACAUAAUGGACUUGUAAUCACAUGGGCGGAGAGUCCAAAGCUUGUGAGCCAGGAGAUACAAAAAAUGACUUAAUAGUAUUCUGUUAAAAAUACUCAAAGAAAUUCUCAUACCCAAUUCAAUCACACAUUUUUUUCAGGAGGAAUUCCAGCACAAUAUUAUGAAAAAUAUUCUAAUAUCCA